GACACACUGACAGGACUAACAGUCAUACUAUUACAGACUUCUCCUCUGCACUCUAAACCACUGCAAAUCAUUAUCCUAGAUUUGGAUUGAGUAAGCAUACAACAUGUGUAAGGGAUUAGCAACACUGCCUGCAACCUGCUUGAAAAGUGCCAAAGACAUUAAACACAAGAUUGGCUUUCUGCUCCAGAAGCCUGAGUUUCCACCAGACCAGAAAUCGGUCAAAGAGAAGACCACCGCUGCCAAGAGAGGUUCACCUGCUGAUGUUGAGAAAUGGAAGCUGUCCUUCAACGACCUGAUGAAUUGUGAAGGUGGUCGUACAAUGUUCACUGCGUUCCUGAAGUCAGAGUUCAGCCAGGAGAACAUGGAAUUCUGGAACACUUGUGAGGAAUACAAAAAGUCUGCCCAAAACAAGAUGGCGGCAAAUGCCAAAGAGAUCUACGAACAGUACAUCGAGGCAGACUCUCCAAAUGAGGUGAACCUGGACUCAGCAACGCGAGAGGAGACCAGACAGAACCUGUCUAUUGCCGGCCUAUCCUGUUUCGACAACGCCCAGCAGAAGAUAUUCACUCUGAUGGAGAAAGACUCAUACAGACGGUUCCUCUGCUCCAAACUGAUCCAGGAUCUGUCCCUGUUGCCCACUACCACCCCACUCUGUGUGCUGAAGAUGAAAGGAGGGAAAAUAGGCUGUUCUGAGAACAGAUGUGGUGCAUAGAUGGAGAUGGAGAGAGAGAGAAACAAGGACAGAUUGAAGAAUGUGUCAAAUUUUGUCAAUCUGUGAGGGAAAAAGCAGGUAGUCUUGAAGAGAAAACUGAUUAUUAUGAGUGGGUGGGGUUUUAUUUUUUCCGUCCAUUGUUCCAGAUAACUAUUUCAACACGCAUCACAAAUUGAUUAUUUUUGAGACGAGGGGAUGGUUGGAGAGGGAGAGAAAACUGUCAGAGAUGUGAUUUUUCAGGAAGAAAUAUGCUCCUGAAAGGAUGCUGCUUUCCUUGAUUUUCAUUGUUGUGCGAGGGUCUGCUUUCUUUCCACUGAAUAUCUUCCAGAGCUCUAACAAAUGGUUCAAACAGGCAUUUAGGUAUUUCACUCUGGUCAGUUCCCUGUGUCCCCUCUGUCUGGCUUUAAUCAAGAGCUCAAAGCUAAGUCAUGCUUAAACACCAAUAAUGCUUUCCGGCUUGAAAAUGCUCUUCCUCAAACAGAGUGAUACAUUUAGAUGAUAGUUUCUGAAUGGAGAUAACUAAGGCUGGAUUGGUGUUAAAAGCUUAUUUCACCUGACUGAUGUUUUGUUUGACACUGUUUUUCUGUCUUUACUUUACCUGUGGCCAGUUUGUGCACUGCUAAGGUGUAACUCACUUGCCCUCUGUUAACCUGCCAACAAAGUCAUGACCAGGUGAUGUUUUGAUUCACAACACAGGGAGAAACAAUCUGGAAUUACUUCUCUAUCCACCCCUAACACACACACAGACACACACAGACACACUGACACGCACACACUCCCAUUUGAGCAAUUCAGCGACUGUUACACUUUCCUUGCUUCACCUGAUCCUUUCCUGUUGUGCUUAUGAAGUAACCCCACAGACAGUCAGACAUGCUUCUGAAUGGACAUCAUCUGAACAAUUUGAAUGUUGUCCCUCAGCUUCGUUUCACCGCAUGAAGGUAGCAAAUUACCCACAUGUACAUUACAGAACUGGGACAGAAACACAACACACCUGCCAGUGCUGGAAAUCUUCUUCCGUAGCUUAAUACAUGAGAACGGGCCUUCACAUAUGUCUAUAUUCUUAUUAAAUUAUUAACAUUUAGCUUAAAUAUCCAUGGCUGUAAGCUUUGUGUUCAUUACAUGAAAGCUGCUCAAAUUAUAGCUUUGUUGGUAUUGUAUUUUGAUAAUAACUCCCUGUAUUGCUUAUUGUAAAUUAUUUAUGUUAUAUUGUUAUUGGUAAUGCUAUUGAUAUCAUUAUAUGGUUAUUGGUAAUGCUAUUGAUAUCAUUAUAUGGUUAUUGAUAAUGCUAUUGAUAUCAUUAUAUGGUUCUGUAAGUUUUGUUUAAACAUGACUCCUACUCGCCUCCAAUGAUGAUGGCUAAAUAUUUAUUGUAAAAUGUAAUAAUCAUGUUUAUAUUUAUUUUAUUUUCCUAUUCAUGUU